UCUAUACUUCAGCUUCAUCGGUAAUUACACUAAGUAAGCCAUAAUUAAUUAAGGAGUGAUGAUGGAGAGCCCAAACAGGAAAUCUUCUCAAAAGUUUGUGAAGAGUACUAGUUCACAGCCUGCAGCUCCAUUAAGUACCAGAGGAGCAAAGAACAGCCCGCCUCGACGACCAUUCAGCAGCCAUUCUGGGGUUCUUCAAAAGCCUCUGAUAAAAGAAAAUACCAAGCCAUUGGAAAUCAAGCUCCGCACUCAGGAAAGAGCAACCAGGCGUGCACUGUUCAACUAUACGGUUGAAAUCAAGCUGAGUAUCAUAGAGCAACAGAAGAGGCAAGUUGAGAAGCUGCUAAAGACAAUAGAGGAGGAAGAGGUUAGAAUGCUAAGAAAGGAAAUGAUUCCAAGAGCUCAAUUGAUGCCGUUUUUUGAUAGACCCUUCUGUCCACAAAGAUCAACAAGGCCUUUGACAAUUCCACGAGAGCCGAGUUGUUACCGCAAGAACUCCAGCUUCAUCUCCUGCAGAUAAACACAUAUUACAGUGUUUUAAUACAUUGAAGGCAUGGAUACAACUGAUUAGCUCGUGUUUAAUAUAAAGAAGAAAUGCUUCGGCAUUUUAGAUAUGUUCCGAGUAUUCAUUUCUCUUUUUGGAUCUAUGAAUUUUGU